GCCGGGCUGGAGGGGCGGCGGGCUGAGGCGACGUUUCGGCCGGACGUCAGCGCCGGGGUUGGCCCUGCACCCCUGAGGAGGCCGGGUCGCCGAGGAAGAGCGGGGCUUUUCGCUGCCGCUCUCGGAGCUCUCCCGAGAUACAUCAGGUUUCCCCAGGGUGGGGGGCCCGAGGAGCCCGCUCGGCCCUCUGGCUCUUGCUUUUCAGCUUGGGCGGCGGGCGGCCGCCGGGACCUCCCCAGGCGUGGCGGGCUGGGCCGACACCCCGCUGUAGGACUGUAACCCUUUGCCCCAAUGCCUCCACGAGCCAAGUUGAGUGGGUGCCGAUGGUUGGAGCUGUGGCGGUGUCCCCCGGUGGCAAGUGCGGCCAGAACUCUGGUCACUUAAGUUUUAUGUGUGCAAGUUGCAAGGACCGUGUGUGAGUCUGGUAUAAUUGGCUUCCUGAGAUUCUGCCUUGGCAAGAAAGAAGUGGGAAAUACCGUUGGAAAGAAAACUAGAGCAAUAAAAAAGUCAGAACCUAUUUUUACAUGGUUGUCAGCUCACUUACCAAUAUGGACACUUUUCCUCCUGGUGGAGACAAUGGACUGACAAAUUCUCAGUCUGAGUUCCAAAAAAUGUUAAUUGAUGAAAGGGUACGAUGUGAACAUCAUAAAACUAAUUACCAGACUCUGAAAGCUGAACACACAAGGUUGCAAGAUGAGUACAUAAAGUCACAAAAUGAACUUAAACGCCUGUUAAAUGAAAAGCAAACUCACCAGGAAAAAUUUCAGCUGCUGUUUGAAGAGCUAAAAGAGGAAUUAUUAGAGAAAACUAAAGAAUUAGAAGAAAUAAAGGCACAGGUAUUAACUCCACAAAAAUUGGAAGUAUUAAGAUCUCAAAUACAACAAGAAUUAGAAAUUCCAAUGAGAGAACGUUUUCGGAAUCUGGAUGAAAUUGUAAGACUGGAGAAAGAUAAAGAAGAACUACAUAACCAACUGCUUAGUGUUGAUCCCACAAGAGACAGCAAACGAGUGGAACAACUUGUUCGAGAAAAAGUCCAAUUGUGUCAGAAAUUAAAAGGUUUAGAGACUGAAGUAGCAGAAUUAAGGGCUGAAAAAGAGAAUUCUGAUGCUCAGGUAGAAAAUGUCCAAAGAAUACAGGUGCGGCAGUUGGCUGAGAUGCAGGCUACAGUCAGAUCCCUGGAGGCUGAAAAACAAUCAGCUAAACUACAGGCCGAACGCUUGGAAAAAGAGCUACAAUCAAGCAGUGAACAAAAUACCUUUUUAAAUAGUAAAGUACAUAAAGCCGAAAGAGAAAUAAGCACAUUGACCAGUACGUCAGACAAUGAGAUUCUCAAAUCAGCUGUUGAACACCACAAAGUGCUCUUAGUAGAAAAGGAUCGUGAAUUAAUACGUAAAGUACAAGCUGCCAAGGAAGAAGGUUAUCAAAAACUUGUGGUAUUACAAGAGGAAAAGUUAGAACUUGAGAACAGAUUAGCAGAUUUAGAGAAAAUGAAAGUGGAACAUGAUGUCUUGAGGCAAUCGGAGAAGGAUCAGUGUGAAGAGAAAUUGCGGGCUUCACAGAUGGCAGAGGAGUCGGCCAGAAGGGAACUUCAGAGUAUUAGAUUAAAACUUCAACAACAAAUUAUGACUAUUGAAAAUGCAGAGAAAGAAAAAAAUGAAAAUUCUGACCUAAAACAGCAAAUCAGUCGUCUGCAGAUCCAAGUGACCUCACUUACACAGUCAGAGAAUGACUUGCUGAAUUCAAACCAAAUGCUGAAGGAAAUGGUGGAGAGGUUAAAACAAGAAUGCCGAAAUUUAAGAGGCCAAGCUGAGAGAGCACAACUAGAAGUUGAAAAGACAUUGGAAGAGAAACAGAUGCAGUGGUUGGAGGAAAAGCAUAAGCUUCAUGAGCGUAUCACAGACAGAGAAGAAAAGUAUAAUCAAGCUAAAGAGAAACUUCAGCGAGCUGCAACUGCCCAGAAAAAGAGAAAAUCUCUUCAUGAAAACAAAUUGAAGAGGCUACAGGAGAAAGUAGAAGUCUUGGAGGCAAAGAAAGAAGAAUUGGAAACAGAAAAUCAGGUGUUAAAUAGACAAAAUGUUCCAUUCGAAGAAUAUACAAGGCUUCAGAAAAGACUGAAGGAUAUACAAAGACGACAUAAUGAAUUUCGAAGUCUCAUUUUGGUUCCUAACAUGCCACCAACAGCAUCCAUCAAUCCUGCUAGCUUUCAGUCAUCAGCCAUGGUUCUAGGCAUGGAAACAUCCUUUCCUCAUAUGCAGGAGGAACAGCAUCAAAGGGAACUCUCUCUACUUCGCAAAAGACUAGAAGAACUAGAAACAACACAAAGAAAACAACUAGAGGAAUUUGGACCUCCUGGGGAAUGAAGUUCUUGGAGAAAAGUCAGACCAAAAGAGGUGAAAUCAGUGACUCCAUAAAGCUUGAAGGUUUAACAUUUGUGGCAUUUAGAUACUUUAUUACUGUUUGCCAAAAUACUUGAACGUGCCUCAAGAAAAGGUACCAGCUACGUGCUAUAUUGCAUGACUAUCAAGAUUUUAGGAUUUUACUAGUUGAUGACAAGUGAUGCAUUAAAAGAAAGUUUCAGAGAAAUUUAGAAUA